CGCGCUGGCGCGUCACGCGCUCGCGCUCGUCGUCCUCGACCGCGCGGUGACGUUCGCGGACGCGGCGCGCGCGAACGCGCUCGUGGACGCGCUGAACGGGACGAAGACGACGCAGGCGACGUUCGCGUUGGGACCGGUGGCGACGUCGCGGACGCGCCUGGAGGCGUUUAGGCGAGAGGUGACGUCGAGCGCGGAUGGGAUCGAUCGCGCGAGCGUGGGAGCGCGCAUGACGUCGGUGUCGUUGGAUUGCACCGCGCCGAGGGGGUCGUUGGCGGUGUACGCGAGAGGACGAGAGGUGUGCACGCUGGCGAUUUUAGCUCGAAGCGCGACGCGCGGACCGGCGGCGACGAACGCGCCGGGAAGCGCGGAAUACGACGCCGUCGUCGCGGCGAUGGAUGAUGCGAGGGUGAAGUUUACUGAAUUGGAGCGCGCGCUCGAGGAUGGGGAGAUGCGAAGUGCGAACGCGGCGUUCGACGCGUGCGACGCCUCGCUCCGCGCGUUCGCCGUCGCCUUGCUCGCGUGUUUCAAGUUCAACGAAGACGUCAACCAGCGCGUGCGCGACGCCGUCCCGGGGGCGUUCGCGUGA